CGGCCCCAAACCCAACCCCAACCCUUUUUUUUUUCUCGCCGUUUUCCACUUUUCCCCCACAAAAUCAAAACUAUACUGUUAGAAAUUGAAGUUUGAACAGUCUCUUCUUUAAGACGAGAUGCUACUGAUUCAGUUGCAGGGCUCGCAGCCAUGUCUUCUACCAGCUCCAGUUUACAGGCUCAAUACGACGAAGAGGAAUCUGAUGCCAUGUGGCUUUUGGUGGAAAAGGUCUUCGGAUUUUCGUGCAAGUAAAUUCAGGGUACACAAUGGAGGGAAAUGGGAGGCCAAUUCUCAAAGGGUGGGUAGUAAGAUGGAUUAUAGUGCAUGUAUGGAUGUUUCAAAUGAUUUGACUGCCAAAUUCUGUAAAUUGAACCAAUUCAGUAGUUGCCAGCUUCACCUAUAUAACCUUGCGAUUGGAUCCGUGUCAUUACCCUUUCUACUCAAAUUGAUGCGGCUAAGUUUCGUAAAUUCAUUGGCAAGGAUGGUCCAAGAUUUGCUUCCUAGUGUAGUCAAGAGUUUUGGGGCUUCAAGCUCAUCUUUUGCUUGUAUAUCUAAUUCCUUGAAUAAACCCGUGCCUCUAAAUUUGGAUAUUUCCUUGCCUUCAAUUCAAGAUAUUAGAUGGAGCCUUGCACGGUUAUUAUAUUUAUUUAACAUCCAACUCGAAAGAAAUGUUGCCACGUUUUUUGUAGUGCUCCUUGUGUCAUGCUUCUCUUUUGUUGUCAUAGGGGGUUUUCUGUUCUUCAAGUUCAGGGGUGAUACUCAGUCUCUGGAGGACUGCCUCUGGGAAGCUUGGGCAUGUCUUUGUUCAUCAUCCACUCAUCUAAAACAAAGAACACGAAUUGAGCGUGUUAUUGGCUUUAUUCUUGCUAUAUGGGGAAUACUGUUCUACACUAGACUAUUGAGCACAAUGACAGAGCAGUUCAGGAAUAAUAUGCAAAAGCUCAGGGACGGGGCUCAAAUGCAAGUUCUGGAGACUGACCAUAUUAUUAUCUGUGGAAUAAACAGUCAUCUGCCUUUCAUACUGAAACAGUUGAACAAAUAUCAUGAGUUUUCUGUCCGCUUAGGCACUGCUACAGCUAGGAGGCAGAGAAUUCUUCUUAUGUCUGACCUUCCAAGGAAGCAGAUGGACAAACUAGCUGAAAAUAUCUCUAAAGAUUUAAACCAUAUUGAUGUCCUUACGAAGAGCUGCAGUCUUAGCUUGACAAAAUCAUUUGAAAGAGCUGCAGCCAAUAAGGCACGUUCCAUAAUUAUACUUCCAACAAAGGGGGACCGGUAUGAAGUUGAUACCGAUGCAUUUCUAUCUGUCCUGGCUCUUCAACCUAUUUCAAAGAUGGAAUUAGUCCCUACCAUUGUUGAGGUUUCAAACUCCAAAACUUGUGAGCUCUUAAAGUCAAUUUCAGGACUGAAUGUAGCACCUCUGGAAAACGGUGCAUCCAAGUUAUUUGCUCAAUGCUCUCGGCAGAAGGGGCUUAUAAAGAUAUACAGACACCUGCUUAAUUAUCGAAAAAACGUAUUUAACCUUUCAAGUUUUCCUAAGCUAGAAGGAAUGAGGUAUAAGCAGCUAAGACGUGGGUUUCAAAAGAUAGUUGUUUGUGGCCUUUAUCGAAAUGGGAAGAUUUAUUUUCAUCCAAAUGACAACGAAGUGCUGGAGCAAAAUGACAAAGUAUUGUUCAUUGGACCUGUUCAUGGGAAAAGAAACCCACUGAUUCCAUACUCUAAUGCUGCCGAAGGAAGUACUAUUUCUAACCUGGAAGUUCCAGAAAACCAUGGCGAUACGAAUCUUGAUGCAGAUUUGAGAAAAACACGACUUGAAAAUAUCGUUAGACGCCCCUCCAAAGCGGGGUCAAAGGCAUCAGACUGGAGUCAAGGACCAACAGAAUGCAUUCUUCUGCUUGGGUGGCGACCAGACAUGGUAGAAAUGAUUGAAGAGUAUGAUAAUUAUCUUGGACCUGGCAGUGUAAUUGAAAUAUUAUCAGAUGUACCGUUAGAUGAGAGGAACAGGUCAAGAUAUGUUGCUGGAAAAGGCAAACUUAAAAACAUUACGGUUUUCCACAGGAUUGGAAACCCCAUGAACUAUGAUGCCUUAAAGGAAACCAUUGUGAAUAUGCAAAAUUCCUUCAAUAAAGGAGGGAAUAUUCCCUUAUCAAUUGCUGUUGUAUCUGAUCGAGAAUGGCUUCUUGGAGAUCCAUCCAGGGCAGACAAGCAAUCUGCUUAUUCUCUUCUUCUCGCUGAAAAUAUCUGCAGCACACUUGGAGUGAAGGUGCAAAAUCUAGUUGCAGAGAUUGUUGAUUCAAAAUUGGGCAAACAAAUAACAAGAAUCAAACCAUCCUUGACUUACAUAGCAGCAGAAGAAGUAAUGAGCCUGGUAACAGCUCAAGUGGUAGAAAACAGCGAAUUGAAUGAAGUGUGGAAAGACAUUCUGAAUGCAGAGGGUGAUGAAAUAUAUGUAAAGGACAUUAGCCUUUAUAUGAUAGAAGGGGAGAAUCCGUCUUUCUCCGAGCUUGCUGAAAGAGCGUAUUUACGGCGAGAAGUUGCCAUAGGUUAUGUGAAAGACAACAAGAAGGUUAUUAACCCAGUUCCAAAAUCCGAACCUCUCUCCCUUCGAUUGACAGACUCGUUAAUUGUUAUAUCUGAACUUGAAGGAGAGCAACCCAUCGUACUUUAAAUUUGUACAGUAUCAUCUAUUUCAUCAAUUUUGCCCCCAUUGUUUUAAUUGUUUCUGGGGUUUGAUUGAUGAUAUUUUGUAAUAUUUUAGAAACUGUCUCACAAGUCCAUUAGCCAAAAUCUAUCCAA